AUGUAUAAGUUGACUAAUUUAAAUGACUGUCUUAUAAAUAUUUUCACUGCUAAACAACCAUAUAUUGAAGCAAGUGAAUUAAAUGCCAAUGAUGUACAAGUUACAUUGAUUAUGCAAGGUUUACAGGCACCUAGUCGAGGAUUUUGUGGACUUAUUAAACCCGGUUGUUCAGGGAAUUUUCACAGUGAUUCUUUCAAUACAACAUCUGCAAGUAUUAGUCAACAAUUAGGCAAUGGUUUAUUAAAAGUGGAGCUUGGUGAAUAUUCAUUAAAUGUUCUAUGCGAAUUAACUAAUCCUAAUUAUACUUAUGAAUAUACUGUACGUCAAUUUCCAUCGAAAAUUAUACCAACAUUUUGUACGUUUAAAAUACAAAAUAAUAAAGUCAAAUUACGUUUGAGAAAAGCUUGUGGUUCUGAACAAUGGGCUGGUGCAUUAGCUGUUAAAGGUUUAGAUCAAAGUUGACAACUGCACAGUAACAUAUAUCAUUAUGAGUUAGAAAUAUACAACAAAUAUUUUGUACAUGAUAUUAUAUGAGAUCUAUUAAUUAAACUGUAAUAUACAUAUAUGUAUACAUACACUUGUUACUGAAUCUAAUUCUAUUGUAUUGGAUCAAAUAUUCAAUGACUACGAUUGGAGCAUCGUACUUCAGUACAACGAUUAUAUUCCAAUCUUUCUUAUGAUUUUUUUCUUUUGUUUAAAUGAACAUAUUCUCCUUUUAUAAAUGACUUUUUAGUGUAUUAUCAAACCUUUGACUUUUUUAUUCAACGUAAAUUACUAAUAUCGCUUUCCUAGUUAUAUUUGCCUUUUUUUUUAAAAAGAUGUUGAUGAUGAUAAAAAUAUAGGUAAAUAUAUGAUGCUUGUUUAUUGUAAA